UAUGACAACAGCUCUAGUUGUUUUCCUGCCCGAGUUUUACGAUUGUGAUUAUUUUGUGAUUACUUACUCCAAAUAAUAUAUUUUUGGAAUUGAUCCAAAAUAUCAAAAUCGUAUCUGUUUGUGUGUACACAGUGGUUGAAGUCGUCGUUUAUUUGUGACUCUUUCAUUUUCCUUUGUCUCAUGGAGUUUACUUUACAUCCAUUUUAUUUUUUAUCAAUGUGAAGUGGUGUUCACCUGUGCUUCUGUGAUUAUUUUUCCGAGCGUGUUUUAGACAUGGAAAUGGAGGUUCCGAAUCCUGAAAAUGGGCCGAAACAGGACCUGAAUGACAGCGGAUGCGUCCAGGACGCAUCCGCGGCUGAGAACGGCUACGUCAGCAACGUGAACUUCCUGGACCUGUCUGAUGAUGCUCUGCUCUACAUCCUCAAGUUCUGUGAUCCAAUGACCUUGAAAGCCAUCGGACACAUCUGCCCGCGUCUCGGAGCGCUAGUAUGCGACCGCACGCUGUGGCAGCGUGUGGACGCCAGGACCACUCCGAUGGGGAAGAAGCGGGUCCGGUGGAUGCUGAACAACUGUCUCACCAGCACCACCACCGAGCUCAAGAUAGCUGGGUUCGCUAACAAAUUUAGCAGAUGCCUCGGGAUCCAAGAUCUGCAAUGGCCUGUACCAGCUGAGUCGACUGGCAUUGACGUCGAGCAUUUCCUACUUCGUAUGUGGUAUCCCCAUUUGCCUCGAAGAGACAUAAUUUUGGCCAAUCUCGCUGAACAAAGCUACCAGCGGCUGCAGUUGUUCGUGGUACCGCCUCGCUGGCCGAAUAAGGCAGAAGUUGAGAACAGGGCCAGAAGACAAGAGAGGAAGCGUAAAGCGGAUGCCUCUAGCUCCACAGAAGGUGUCCAAGAAGAGAGGCCCUACGAUGAUGGCUUUCCAAAAGACCUGGACGAUGGUCUUUCCAAGGAGUGUAAAGGUCCUCAAUUCACCUUCUCAGCAGCUAUCUGGAGGGAUCUUCUGGAGACCUGUGAGAAUCUGACUACGCUGUUUAUUGAGUAUUGUAAUGUGGAUUAUAGGACGACGAAUGUCCGGCUGUUUCCCAAGAAGCUGAAGAAGCUUUCGCUGCGCGGGACUCGAUGCUACAACCUGCCGCUCAACGUCUCGUAUCUCGCUAAAGUGCAUGAGAUCCUGCCUGAUUUAGAGUACCUAGACGUAUCGGAGUGCGAUUGGUUCGAGCCGGCCUCGCUGAUGACUAUCAGCAAGCUAGCCAACCUCACCGAGGUGUACAUGCGCGACUGCAAGCGACUCACCGAGUGCGUCGCAUACGCCUCGCUCUCGACUCGAUACGGAUUCAGAAAGUUACGGGUGUUCGACUCCCGCGGGUCCCCGCUGGCGGACUCGGAGAUAUCCUCGCUGGGCUGGCUGCCUCGCCUCGAGGAGUUGUACUGUUCCCCCCCGGACGUGCUGAACACGCUGUCAGAACACACCCACUCCUGGAGCGACACCAAGACCGAGUUGCCUGAACUCGAGGAUUGGGAGAUGGAUGAGCCGGAGUACUACAGGGCGAAGUCCCCGACGGCGGCGGCGGAGGACGAGCACGACUCCACCGACACGUCGGAGCGCGCCAGCGACGUCGUCCGCGGCAACUCCUGGUGGUCCAACGAGAGACGCGUCAUAGUAAUACAACCGAACACGGCGCGACUGAUCAACGGCCAAUUCGCGAACCGUGAACGUCGUGAGGAACCUCAACCGUGGCCCAUGCCUCACCCGGAUCCCGCUCAACCGGAACCCGCUCAACCAGGCCCCGCUCAACCACACCCCGCUCGACAGGAACCGCCUCAACCGGGCCCCUCGCCUCAACCGGGCCCCUCAAAACCGGGCCCCUCGCCUCAACCGGGCCCCUCGAACCAAGAAGCGGGCCCAUCGAAGCGCCACGCUCAACCAGACGGACCCAGCGAAGGUAAACGCCCUCGUAUGCAGGAUGAUGAUGAUAAUAAUGAUGAUGGUGACGAUGACGCCGAUGAUCAACUCUUCCCUAACUCAAAACUCCGUUGUGUCAACUUCGAAAAUCGGCCAUUCGAAUGUGCACUCAAUGAGCGAGAUCGAGUUUCUAUAGAAUUAGGGUAUAAUGAAGACACGCCUUUAAGGACCAGUGUCGGUUACCACUUAGUCUCAGACGCGGCGAUCGUACGCUUCGGUAGGGCGGCGAAUGAGAAUAUUAAUUACGUACAUAUAGGUCGGUUUAGAGGUAACCCUGAGGAGGCACUUCAUCCCCAUGACUACAGACCUGAUAGGGCUAGCUUGAGGAUCUUGUCAGCUACUGGGUAUAGGCAUAUCACUAAUAGGAGUUUAGAGCAUUUAGCUACAGCGGCCCCCCACCUAUUACAUAUAGAUUUCACUGAUACAGCGGUUACUGCGAAUGGAGUGGAGAUUUUUAAGGCCAUUAGACCUAAUUGUGAGGUCAUUUUUGGGCCUCUGGAGAGUCAGAAUAAUUAGGGUUUUGUUUCUUAAUGUUAUGUUGUGUUUGUAUGGGUUUGUUUUAUGUUUUAGGUUAGUGAAAUGCUAGUGAGGUUUUUUUUUUUUGGAAUAACUAUCGUGAGUCAUUUAAUGAUUACUUAAACUAUUCCUUAGCAACGAUUUUGUAUAGAAAACAAUUGCUAAGGACUGGGUUAAGUAACCAUUAAAAGGUUCUAAGUGCGGCGGUAAAUAUUGUCAUAUACUAAAUUAUAAUGUCGUGGAGGUUUAGGACGGCCGCUUCUCAUGCAUGAGGGUGUCUAUUUCCGAGUUAUAUGUACUUUCUAAGAUUAUUUAGACGCCACUGACAAACGGUGAAGGAAAACAUCGUGAGGAAACCUGGGCUUAUAAUUUCUAAUUACAAGUUUGAAAUCGCCAACCCGCAUUGAGCAAGCGUGGUGAUUAAUGUUCAAACCUUCUCCGUGUGAGAAGAAGUCUUUGGUCAGCAGUGGACACUUAUAGGCUGUUGAUGAAAUUAUACGCGUCUCAUGAUGAAGAGUCACUCUGUGACUCGAAACUAGUAGAGCUUUUCUCCAUUAAUGUACGUGAGUAAACCGUGAUUUUUUAGUUUAGUGACCACGUUUAGCCCUCUCAUUGGUUGGUUCAGGAGCCGGCCAAUCAGAGAACCGAACGCAGUACCGUUUCGAUCUCCUUAAACAUAAAACAAACUCAUACUAAGCCCUUAGGUAUGUACGUAUCGGGUUUAGUAUACAUAGAAUUAAAAAGAAAAAAGAAAAACGGGUUUUUUGAAAAAACCUACCUACAGUUGGGUAUUUUCGGGUAUUUAUUGAAAAGUCUGCUUUAGGUACGUAGUGUAAAGGUCGAUAUUUGAUUGGAAGUGAUUUUGGGGAAAUUUUUUAUUAUAACUUAAAGUAUGUUUUGGUUAGCAUACGAUUUGGGACGAUGACGGUGCUUAAAAAUAGUUAAAUUUGGACCUUGGUAAUAUUUUUUAUUAAUAAAACUAAAAUUCAAAUUAAAGGCAAGCGUCCACAAGCCCGCAUCGUACGCAUUCCGUAUGACGUCAUCAGUACGCAUCACAUGUAGACAUUGCCGAUGAUGCGGUCCGUACGAUGCGGAUCAGUGGACGCAGUUGUAUGAGUUUCUAUACAAGACAAACUAAAGUCCGUUGCGUGCGAUGCGUACGAUGCGGGCCUGUGGACGCUUACUUUAAAAAGUCGAGUCAUCGUCCCAAUGUAUAGAAAUUUCGAAUAAUCUUGUAUAAAAUAUGAUCUCGGAUUUGUAAUAUAUUUAUACGAACGCACUGAUUGGAAUAAUUAUUUUCUCUCAAAAAGAAAAAAAAUCGUUGCCUUUUUUCAUUUUGUAUUUUUUAAUUGGAUAUUUUUUAUGAAUGAAUACACUGUAAUGUUUGUUAAUAUUUCUUGAGUAUUCUUAAAGUAAUUUGUAUUAACGUUUUGAUCGCCAUGGUUAAACAAUUGUGCCUUUGACCAGGGGCCUUAGUCUGCUAUUACAAUUGUGUCAGAAUGGUCGAUCUUUGAGCAGUGCAAGAGAGACGGAGCUAUGUAUACAACCUACAUAGCUCCGUCCCUUUUGCACUGCACAAUUGUAACAGUAGAUUAAGGCCCCUGAGCCGUAUUACCGCUGAGACAAACUAGACAAGUGCCUAAAGCGCUAGGAUAAAGAGGGGUCCGCGAGACGCGCGUGUCCUACAGAGUCAAACCGAAAACCGACGUGAAACAACGCUUGCGUUGUGUUUCAAUGUGUGUGAGGUUACCGGAGGCCCAAUUACUCCUCUUCCCAAUCUUCCCAAUCCCCAACAACCCUUAAAUUCCUAACCUCCAAAAGGCCGGUAACGCACUUGUAACGUCUUUAGUGUUUCAAGUGUCCAUGGGCGACGGCGAUUGCUUACCAUCAGGUGUGAUACGUCUGCUCGUUUACCGAAGUGUUCCAUAAAAUAACUCCGGUAACCUCACUCACACAACGAAACACAACGUAAGCGUUGUUUCACGUCGGUUUUCUACUCGGUCGUGGUAUCACUCCGGUCGAGCCGUCUCAGCAGUGCGGAAGCAUGGCUCUCCCACAUGAAAAACUAAUUACUUUUGUACAGUUCCGUUCUCAUUUUUGAAAGAGUUAAUUUGUUUGGAAAUCUAGUUUUUAAAAAUUUCAAUAUAAGUCUGCCUCGUUGGUCGAGUAGUCGCAAGUGCGACUGGACAAGGGUUCUUGGGUUCGAUUACUGGGUCGGUCAAAGUAUUGCUAGGCUAUUUCGGAUUUUCGAAAAUUUCUCAGUAGUAGCACGGAGUCUGGAAUUGUGACCAGUAUAUGGCAAUAGACUCACCCCCUAUUACAUGGGACUUAUAAUACAAAUGGUGAAAAGUGGGUGUACAUUGUAUAGCGGCAUUACGUGCCGUAAUAUGCACCUCUGUCUACCUCUUCGGGGAUAAAAGGCUUUUAAAUUUUAGCUCCAUUUUGGUUUGUAGACAAAUUAUAACCGUGGCGGUCAAAAUAUAAUUUCCUAUUAAAAUGCUAAGUAUAUCAAAAUCAUAAAGUUUUUUGUUUAAGAGACUUGUGUUCAUUAUCAUACAACAUAAUAUAUAAUAAAAUAUAUGAAUAAAACUAAAUAUCGAAGUGAUCUUUCAAAUUUAAAUGUAAAGAAUAGUCUAGCCUUUUUUGAGGGGGAAAAUCAUCAAUCAAUUUUUUUAAAGGGGAUCAAUCCCAAUCCCCGAUUCCCCAACAACCCUUAAAUUCCUAACCCCCAAAAGGCCGGCAACGCACUUGUAACGUCUCUGAAGUUUCAAGUGUCCAUGGGCGGCGGCGAUUGCUUACCAUCAGGUGAUACGUCUACUCGUUCCAUAAAAAAACACUACUAAAUGAUUUAUAAUUUUGUUCAUAUAUUUUGUUAUAUAAAUUUAUGUUGUAUAUUUUCUAUUAUUUAAGUAAUUUUUAAUACAAAAUGUAGUGAUAACAUAUUAUUAUAAUGAGCGUAGAUUUUGGUAGCUUUACUCGAAUUCUAGAUUCGAUAUUAUGUGUUAUUUUGGCAGAUUUUUUUAUUAUACUAGUAUAAGGUGUUCUAAAAGUAUCUGCCACGGCUUUAAUGGGAGGUAGUGUUGUGUUUGAAGAUUGCAAUAUUGAAGUUUCGUAUCCCGGACCAGAUUUGAGAACAUAAAGAAGUUAAAUAAACAUUGACUCUACUCUGCAUAAAGUGGUUCACAAAUACGCACAAUGCGUUAUUUGAUAGUAAUUGUUUUCAUUGACGAAGCGACAGAGACAGUGAAAGAGAUAGCUCUUUCAUAAUAAACUCAUACGUAGAUUUUUUAUAAUCAAUAAUUAAUAUUCACUAUUGUAAUCUUCAAACACAACACUACCUCCCAUUAAAGCCGUGGCAGAUACUUUUAGAACACCUUAUAUGCAUUAAUUUGUUCCUCAUACAUAAAAUGCACAAAUAUAGUUUAAAAUAUAUGUCAAAGUAUGCUUUAUCUCAAUGCCUCAAAUGUCCAGUAGACUGGUUCGAUUCCCAUGUCGGUUAAAGUUAUAUUGAGCGUUUUUAAAGAUGAAAAAUCUCAAUUAUAACUACAUAUAUCUUUUUAAAAGGCCAGCAACGCAUCUGUGACUCCUCUGGUGUUGCGGGUGUCCAUGGGCGGCGGCGAUUGCUUACCAUCAGGUGACCCGUCUGCUCGUUUGCCACCUAUUCCAUAAAAAACCUAAUAUUGAGAUUUUUAAUUUGUAUUUGCCAAUUUGGGAAUCGAUCUCCAGACUACAUUGAAGGCAGUGAAGUUUUGUUUAAUUUAAGUUAAAUAAAUAAAAUAUAAGCCAUUAAAUAUAUUUGAUUUAGUUAUAUAAAUUGAAAUAGUUUAAAAAAUAUAAUUUUAUUAUAACUUUCGUGAGACAUACUAAACUAAUUAUUAUGUUAUCGGCUUACUCCCGUAACUGUUUGACGAGGAACUCGACUAGUUUCAAGCCAUGCUAGAGGCUCAUAUUCGUAGCAGCACGACAAUCGCCGCGUCGUGUGUUGCAGAAUGCUGCUCAUGAAUAUGAGCCUCUAGCAUGGCUUGAAACUAGUCGAGUUCCUCGUCAAACAGUUACAUGAGUAAGCCGAUAACAUAAUAAUUAAUUUAAAAAUUAUCUUCUAAGAGUGUUUUUUUUUUAUUAUUUUGUGUUAAUCAAUAUAUAAAAAUGGUCACACAAUGUCAUAUUAAAAUGUGGACAAUUGGCAACGUGUGUGUAGUAUGGGACCGCUAGAUGGAACAUAGAGAGGGGCGCGGUUUGUAACGUCCCGCGCUCCCCGUAAAGUGUCACGCGUUAUAUUAAAGGGAAAUCCAGUUAUGACAUCUCCUCUUUGUAUUUGUUUCAUGGGACCUCUGACUACUCCUUCGCGGGUAAAACGGCGUGAUGUUAUGUCCUAUCCCAAAAUGUGUCUUAAUUUUUUAGAUUUAUAGCUUUAAAUAAUGUAAUUUAAUAAUUUUGUUAUACACCUAAGAUAAUGAGGCGGCUGAAAAGUUUUGAGUCUUUUCUGUGGGGGAAAAUCAUCCAAUGAUUUCUUCCGCCUUGGGUGAGGCGAGAGGGAGUGUCAGACACUAAUUACUGACUUAACACCACCCCAUUCCUUCUUCUGCUUUUCGAUCCCCGAUAACCCGCUAGGUAGUCCGCAGCUCCAUGCCGGUCAAAUUAUUGAAAGCAGAACAUUGUUUGUAAUAAAAAAAAAAAAAAAAAUAUAUAUUUUUGAAUAGACCGAUUCGACCGGAGUGAUACCACGGUCUCACAGAAAACAACAAAA